UUCGUGGUGCCCACGAAAUUUCCCGCAACAAACAAGUGUGGAACUAGUAGCUGCGUAGCAGCACAUGCUAUACUCGGUUAGCAGCCGAUAUGCCUAAACGAACUUGUCCUUUUCCUGAAGUCUUUUCUUCUCAAUACAAGAUACACGUCCGACAACAGGAACUGACCAACUAUGGAGUGUUUGGCGGCAAGUAUAGACAAGAGAUAUACGAAAGAACGAAGAACUUGCUUUUCAACGGGGCCAAAGCUGUGAUGGGUAAAAUAUGGACCGGGGAUGAGAAGAGUGCAGCUCCUCAGCCCUCUGAACAAGCGGAUUCACCUGUAUGCAGUAAAACUCUUCUAAGAGGACAGACGCUGAUUGGCCACGAUGGGAGACUAACGAGAUCAGGUGCUGCUAAAGGUAACCCAGUGGGUCCCGCCGGUUGCUGCGUAUGUCAGAAGACUCAUGGUUCCAGGACGCCGUGUUCUCAGUGUGAUCGACUGGUGUGUUCGUCCUGUGUCCGACAGUGUUCCAACUGCUCCAGCUUAUGCUGCUCUGUCUGCACCAUUUUAGACUACAGCGGGCGAUAUGAUGAAGUUCUUUGCUGCAGCUGCUCAACGUAAAUCAAUACCAAAGGAUGGAACACAAAUGUAUAUUUAGACACUUUAAUUGCAUUAAUUGACCUAUUUUAUAUCCUUUUUUCUUAAUUCAUGUUUUUGUAAAUAUAACUGUUGUUUGAAGGUUUGAUUCAAUAAACUUGAACCCUUUUUAGAAACUU